GAUAAAUUUAGGAGGUUUCUUGUACUUCUCACUGCACAAUCUCUUUUUGUCCCUUGAUCUGAUCUCCAUUCCUCAACUUAGCAAUGGAAGUCGAGCGCGUUCAACUGAUAGCCUCCUUCUGCGCCUCCGACGCAGGCGCCAUGCCGCCGGAGUUCAUCCGAUCCGACCACGAGCAGCCGUGCCUCACCACCUUCCUCGGCCCCGCGCCAGCGAUCCCCGUCAUCGACCUCGCUGCCUUCGACGGCCCCGAAAUCACGCGGGUGAUCGCGGAGGCGAGCCGGGAGUGGGGGAUCUUCCAGGUGGUGGGCCACGGGGUGCCUGAGGAGGCGAUGCGGGAACUGCAGCGAGCGGGGAGGGAAUUCUUCGAGGAGCUACCGCAGGAGGAGAAGGAGAAGUACGCGCGGAAAGACUCCGGAGGCGGGGCGCCAGCGAACGGAGGACAGGAAGGGUACGGGACGAAGCUGCAGAGGGAGCUGGAGGGGAAGAAGGCGUGGGUCGAUUUUUUCUUCCAUUACAUCGCGCCGCCGUCAAAAGUCAACCACCGGAUCUGGCCCGUCCUCCCCGCCACCGACUACAGGAAAAUAACUGAGGAAUAUGCCAAAUAUGUUGUGAAUCUGGUCGAUAGAAUGCUAACAGAAUUGUCGAAAGGGUUAGAGCUGGAGGAUCAAGCUCUCAAGGAGGCUGUAGGAGGAGACUCCCUAAACCUUAAUCUCAAGAUCAACUACUAUCCGCCGUGUCCUCGGCCCGACGUAGCUCUCGGAGUGGUGGCACACACCGACAUGUCUGCCAUGACAAUACUCGUCCCCAACGAUGUCCCCGGCUUGCAAAUCCUCAAGGACGACCUCUGGAUCAACGUCGACUAUGUCCCUAAUGCCAUUAUCGUCCACAUCGGCGACCAAAUUGAGAUUUUGAGUAAUGGGAUUUAUAAGAGCGUGUUGCACAGAAGUACAGUGAACAAAGAUAAGGUGAGAAUGUCAUGGCCGGUGUUUUGCUCUCCUCCCGGAGACUCAGUGAUUGGUCCUCUGCAACAAGUCGUCAACGAAGACAACCCUCCCAAGUACAAAGCGAAGAUGUUUAAAGACUACGCUUAUUGCAAGAUCAACAAGCUCCCGCAGUAGACUAUUUACUUAAACUAUGGAAUGGCAAUGCCAAUGGCGAUUGCAUAAUUAAGAAUAUUAUCUAUGGCAAUAAAUAUUCUGGAAGUGUUUGUGUCGACUUCGGCUUUAGCCUUAAAAUGAAUGGCAUGCAAUAAUAAUGGAAAUAAUUAGUUAUUGUUUA